GACACACAACAUUCAGCAGCACUCCAUGAUGCUCUUCCACGCAGACAAAAGGGCCCUUAAAUCUCAUCUCAGACCCCUCAGUGUUCUGGUUUUCCAUCUCCUCCUAACACACUCCUGUAGAGGUCAGUCUCAGCUGAUUGGCUCCUCUCAGCCAAUAGUAGCAACACUUGGGGAUGACAUCAUUUUGCCAUGUCGUCUGGAGCCUGCGGAAGAUGUUACUGGCUUGACGUUGGAGUGGACGAGACCUGACCUGAACCCCAGAUUUGUCUACGUGUGGCGUUCUCAACAGGAACUUGUGGGUAAAAAACACAAGUCCUUUGAGGGAAGAACAUCACUGUUCGUCGAUGAGCUGAAGUUUGGAAACAUUUCACUGAGACUGUCCAAAGUCAAACUCUCUGAUCACGGAACAUACAGAUGUUUUAUUCCAGCACUGGCCAGGCACACUGUUGUUCAUCUAGUUGUUGGUGCUGCGUCCUCACCUGUCAUCAGUUUAGCAGGGAUCGACAGAGACAAGGGGGGAGUGGUGUUACAGUGUGAGUCUGCAGGCUGGCAUCCAGAGCCUGAGGUGUUGUGGCUGGACGGUGAGGGAAAGCUCCUCUCUGCUGGACCUACAGAGACAGUCAGAGGUCCUGAUGACCUCUAUACUGUCAGCAGCAGAGUGACUGUGGAGAAGAGACACAGCAACAGCUUCACCUGUAGAGUCCAACAGAGGAACAUCAACCAGACCACAGAGACACACAUCCAGGUUCCAGAUGAUUUCUUUCAGGUCCAGUCCACUCACUCUUCUGUCACAACUGGCUUGGCUGUUGGUUUAGCUGUGUGUGUCCUGAUUAUUGUGUUACUUCUCUUUGUGGUGUGGAAAUGGAGACAAAACAUAAUCAAGACCAAGAGAGGCCACAGUGAGGAAGAAAUAGAGGCUUUAAAGGGAAAAGGGAAGGAAGAGAGCAAACACCUUCACGAGGAGCAGCAGAGGAGGGAGGAGGCAGAGAGGGAAGUUCAGACCCUGAAAGAGGAGCUGGAGACCAAGAAGACUGAGUAUGAAAGUAAACUAGCUGAAGUCCAGCAACAACUGCAGAGCCUGAAGGAGGAGCUGGAGACCAAGACCAGGGAGUUGGAGGAAAACAAAGCUGCUCAGUCUGUGUCUUGGUUUAACUUGACGAUAACCACCAAGCAGACACUCGAGAACGAGCAGCAGAGGAGAGAGCAAGCUGAGAAACAAGUCCAGGACCUGAAACAGAAACUGAAUGACAAGAUUAAAGAGCUCCAGGAGGAGCAGCAGAGGAGGGAGGAGGCUGAGAAUAGAGUGAAGACCCUGGAAGAGGAGCUGAAGAUCAAAGAGGAUGAGGUCCAGAUGCACCAUGUGCUCCAUGCUGAACAGCAAAACACCACACUGUCAGGCAAACUGAGUUUAAAGUUAAAGAAGCUGAAACAUAAGCAACAUCUCCAGCAGCAGAGCGAGGAGGAAGCUGAGAAGGAAGCUCAGACCUCGAAGGACAGUGGUGUAGUUGAUGAGACUGAAGACAAUCAAGCUGAAGUCCAGCAGCUCCAAAAUGAGAAUCAGAGGAUGGAGAACAACCAGCAGACCCUGAACCAAAAGUUGGAGAACAUCCAACAUUCUACUGCAGGAGACAACAAUGAAGAUCUGCCAGAGAACAAUAAUCGGGAUCACAAUCUGACCAGCCCAGCCAAUCAGGACUCAGCCAAGAGUCACAUUACUGUGGAUGAGGUCGACGUGCACGGCAAACAUGUUCGUCUCAGCAACAAGUCUGAAAAGGACCAACCAAUGGGAGACUGGGAAUUACAUAUACGAGUCAACAACAGAAAACCCAUGGAAUACCAUUUUAAGCCCUCGUUCAUACUGAAGGCUGGAAACACUGUCACUAUCUGGGCUCAUGGCCAUGGUGUCUGGUUUGAGAAGUCUACUGACCUGGUGUGGUCGAGCCAGAAACCCUGGGGCACUGGAGAACAACUGCUUGUCACCAUCUACAGCAACACUGGAGAGGUGGAGGCAAGCAAAAUGUUGGAGCUUGGGAGCUCUCAGACGUACCAGGAGAAGAUUAUCUGCAUGACUAGUCAGGAUUCAGCAACGGGACCCAUCACUGUGGAUGAGGUCGAACUGAAGGGCGAAUAUGUUCGUCUCAGCAACACGUCCGAUAAGGCCCAAGAAUUGAAGGACUGGGAAUUGCAUAUACAGGUCAACUACAGAAAACCCAUCGUGUACAAAUUUUCUUCCUCAUUCAUACUCGUGGCUGGAAACACUGUCACAAUCUGGUCUUCAGAUCAUCCUGCCAGAAACGAUCCUCCCACUGACCUGCUGUGGCAGAACCAGAAGUCCUGGGGCACUGGAGAACAACUGCUGGUCACCGUCUACAACAACACUGGAGAGGAAAUGGCCACAAAAUUGAAAACACCAAAUAUCUCUGAUGGGUAAUCCAGAAAACUUGAAAACACCAGGUCAUCUUCCAGCGUUUAUCUCCCUGAAGACAUCAUGUAGUGGGAAAAUGCUGCUCUGGAGAAGACUGACAUUCUUUACGUUGUAGAGCUGCUUAAGUCUCACAGUAACACAACUCAGUUCCUGAUGUGGACAUGGGUUAAAGGUGUCUUCUUUGAAUAAGUUGUUUACUUCACAUGCUACCACUUCUCUUGUUUUAUUCUUGGCUCAGAGCCAAAGAUGAUACUCAUGUAAAAAAUGGUGAUGCAUGAACUAAAGGUGUCUGUGAAAGUUUAGGGUGGAUAUAUACGGAAAAAACAGACCACAAGAAGACUGAUACACACUUUCAGCUAGAAAAUUUCUUGUUGAUUCAUUCACUUUCAAGUAUGAAUACAAAGACCACAAACAGCUCCAAAUCAGCGUUGGAGAGGGGUGGGUCUUGCAGGUCUGGUCUGUGGGAGCUGUUCUGGCUGCUGCUCAAUCGUGCAGGUCCCCUCCGUGAGAAUUUGUGAAUCCUAGGAUGGCGAAGGAUCAGCCUGCAUUACUCUGCCUCUGAUUGGCUUACCCUGACAUUCCUACCAUGAACUUCACUCCUCUUGCCUCAGCCUAACCAAUUCAGCCUAUAUCAUCUUGUUGUCAUCAACAGAUAAAAGCCAAAAAAAAUCAUGUUUG